AUGUGGUUCCAACGGGUGUCACUGCUCGCUCUCAGCGUCCUCCUGCUCUCUGUUGCGGUUCGAGCCAAUCCGCCAACAGCCGCGGUCGCGUUUGUCGAUGUCAAACUUGACGACAAGGCUGCCGUAUGGUCGCUUCUGCUUGACCAGAGAUACAGCAAGGUGAUCGCAAUCACCACCGGAAUAAACGAGCAUCGUCGAGCGGCUUACGAGCUGGAUCAAUACGUGGACCGACAGAACGCAAUGGCCAACGUCAAGUUCAACAAGGACAAGCUCGAGAUUCUACAGGGAAGUAAUCCUCUGCCGUCUUCAGCUCCACACGAAGCAUGGUGGGGCGGUCAACCAGGUUUGCGGGUCGCUGCAGCAGACGAAAGCACGCUCCGACGACGCCUGCACGGGUAUCGAGUGAGCGUGCUUCAGAUUGCACCCACCGCUCCGGGGCAGGUGCAGGCGGUCCUGGAUGCGGCUGAUCGAGGCUCGAUCGUAUCGUACAUGCUCUUGCACGGCUACAAUAGCAGGCAGGCAUCUAUGAGGGAUCAGACGAGCUUCCUGAGGAACUUGCGGUCGUGGGUGAAAGCCAAUAAUCCGAACGCGGAGGUGUACUUUACGUCGUCCAUGGAUACGUAUGCCGCCAAGAAUGGAGGCAAGCAGCCGUACACGGCCAUCCAGCACAUGUUCCCAAGGCAAGACCUCGAUCAAGCGAUGAGGGAUCCAUUCUGGUCGUCUCAGCUGCUCAAGGCGCACAAACAGGAGGGUCUGGACAUCCCCGAAUUUCCGAUACAGGAUCAGCAACAGCUGGACGAUAUCAUCUUGCAAGCCAGGACCCACCCGAAUCAUCCCAACAGCGCCGCCUGGCGCAACUACAUCACGCAAUACAUCAACACAGCGCUCGCCAACAAUCCUGGACGGGACACGGACAACCUGGUGCUCACCCGACUGCGACACACGCAUCUACCCGAGUUCUCGGGAGAUGCCACGCUGGAGCUAGCCGACGCCGCCCACAUUGCGGCGUUCCACCGCUUCCAGGAUGGCGGUAGCAACAUGCACGCUGAGCCGGUCCGAUUUGCUGCUGGUCCGCACGCAGAAGGCGCAAAGGUGGAUUUCUCGCCAGCGACCGGCAACGAGCUGCAUGGCUACCUUGUCCGCGGAGCAGAUCGAGAUGAGGAUCUUGCUUAUAUCAAGCAGCUUGCCGGUGUCUGGCAUUGA